CUGUCUCUUUUCUUCGCAUUUCUUCUUCUCUUCUGUGAAAAGAGCGAACAACAAAAAUGGCUAACCCCUUCUUCUUCUCUGAUCAUUUUUUCUCUCUACACCCAAUCUGAUGCUCAUAUUACUGUAAUCUAAAUUCUAAUCAAUAACUUAAAAGAAACACUAAAUUUUACGCACGGAGAUAUUUCCAUUCCCCCCCCCUUUUUUUUUAUCUUAUGCCUUUUGUUUGGAUUCUUGUAAUGAAGCUAUGAGAUUGUAAUUUUUUAAGCUGUGAAUCGGUUGUUUGAGUGUUCGAUCGAUUUUGAGCUCGUUUUUAGCUCAAAGUUGGGAGCUUUUUAAGGCUGUUCUGUAUUUCGUUUUGUUUUCUGAUUUUAGUUAUGGUCACCGAUACUUAUAAUAAAUUGGGUGCCGAUAUUUCACUGCGAUCGGCGCUGAAAAGUGGCGAUUAUGGUGAAGAUUUGGGGAUGUUGAUGCGGCAGCAAAGGGAACAGCAUGAAGCUAUGAGUGACAGAGAGAAGGAGCUCAGCCUUUGCCGGAGUGGCUCUGCACCGCCGACCGUGGAGGGCUCUUUAAACGCCGUCGGAGGUAUGUUUAAUGCUUACGACUUAUUGGGAUUCAGCAAAAGUACUGGGAAAGGUUUUAUCUCUGAUGAAGAGCUUCGUUCUGAUCCUGCUUAUGUUAACUAUUACUAUUCUAAUGUGAAUCUGAACCCUCGCCUUCCGCCGCCGCUUCUGUCCAAGGAGGAUUGGCGGUUUGCGCAGCGGUUGCACGGCGGAGGCACUCGGGGAUUGGGUGGAAUUGGAGAUAGGUGGGAAGGUGGUAGAGUUGUUGUUGUUGGUGGUGGUGGUGGUGGUGGUGGUGGUGGUGGUGAUGAAGGGGUUAAUGGGAAUGGCUCACUUUUCAUGUUGCAGCCUGGAGUUGGAACCAAUGAGGAUUCUGGUAUUGAAUCUAGGCGGGUUGGUGGUGAUUGGACCGGCGAUGGCCUUAUUGGGCUGCCGGGGCUGGGACUUGGGAGUAGGAAGAAAAGCAUUGCUGAGAUCCUUCAGGAUGAUUUAAGCAAUGGAAUAUCCAUCUCCCGACACCCCUCUCGUCCGACUAGCCGCAAUGCAUUUGACGACACGCUCAAAGCUUCAGAAAGCCAAUUUGGUUACUUACAUCAAGAUAUGGCAACAAUGGGUGGGAACAAACAGGGGAUGUCUGCAGUCCAAGGGGUUGGUGCCUCUCACCCUCAUACUUAUGCAUCAGCUGUAGGAGCCUCCUUGUCAAGAACUGCAACUCCUGACCCUCAACUCGUAGCAAGAGCUCCAAGUCCUCGUAUUCCUCCAGUAGGUGGUGGGAGGGUAUCCAGCACUGUGGAUAAAAGAAAUGCUUGCGGUCCGAAUUCUUUCAAUGGGGUUUCACUGAAGGCGAGCGAAUCUCCAGACCUGGUGUCUUCUUUUUCUGGCAUGAAUUUGUCAUCAAAUGGUAUUCUAGGUGAUGAAAGCCACUUGCAGUCGGAUAUUCAGCAGGAGAUUGAUGAUCAUCGCAACUUCUUCAACCUGCAAAGUGAACAAAAUGAUAUGAAAAUGUAUUUAAGUCAUAAGAACUCGGAAUCUGGGAAGUUUCAUAUGCAUUCACCUUCUCAGUCAACUAGAGGGUCUCAUCAGAACAAUUCUCUUGUGUUGGGUGUCGAUCAUGCAGAAUUCAAUAAGCAAGCUGUUUCUUCGCCUACUUCGUAUAUGAAGGGGCCAUAUAAACAAACACUUGAUAACGCACGAGGUUCGCCAUCUCACAAUCAGAAUAUCGAUAAUGCUAAUUCUUCUUUCUUGAAUUAUGGAUUCGGUGGCUAUACGACUCAUCCCCCAGUUUCCUCCAUUGUUGGGACGACCCAUCUUGGCAGUGGUAAUUUACCACCGCUGUAUGAAAACGCUGCUGCUGCAUCAGCAUUGGGAAUGAGUGGCAUGAAUACUAGAGCAUUCAGUGGAUUAGCUUUAGGAUCAAAUAUGUUAGAGACAGCCAACGAAUUUCAAAAGAACAACAGGUUGGAAAAUCAUAAUGCAAUGAAUGCUAUGCAGUUACCUGCAUUGGAUCCAUCUUACAUUCAAUAUUUGGGAUCAAACGAUUACGCUGCUGCUGCUGCUGCUGCUCAGGUGGCCGGGAUUAGUGACCCUCCAUUGGAUGGUGAAAGCUUGAUGGGUAAUGGAUAUAUGGAUUUAUUGGGAGUCCAGAAAGCCUACCUGGGAGCAUUGCUUUCAUCUCAAAAUUCUCAAUAUGUUCUCCCCUAUUAUGGUAAAUCUGGCAGUUUAAAUCAAAACUACUAUGGCAACCCCGGAUUCGGUCUUGGCAUGUCGUAUCCUGGAAGUCCGUUAGCUGGAUCCCUUCUUCCUGGCUCUCCUGUUGGGUCUGGUACUGCUAUCAACCACAUCGGUAAGGCCUUGCGCUUCUCUUCGGGAAUGAGAAAUUUAGCUGGAGGUGGCAUGGGAGGUUGGCAUUCUGAAGCUGGUGGCAAUAUGAACGGAGGUUUUGUGUCUUCUUUGCUGGAUGAGUUUAAAAACAAUAAAAGCAGAUGCUUUGAACUUUCAGAAAUUGCUGGGCAUGUUUUCGAGUUCAGCUCCGAUCAAUAUGGUAGUCGUUUCAUUCAACAGAAACUUGAAACUGCUUCUGAGGAAGAGAAAGACAUGGUUUUCCAUGAAAUUAUGCCACAAGCUCUUUCCUUAAUGACCGACGUUUUCGGUAAUUAUGUCGUUCAGAAGUUUUUUGAGCACGGAACUGCAUCUCAAAUAAGGGAACUAGCUGAUCAACUCAACGGACACGUGCUAGCACUCAGCCUUCAAAUGUACGGUUGCCGAGUGAUUCAGAAGGCAAUUGAAGUCGUCAACGUCGACCAGCAGACUAAAAUGGUUACAGAACUAGAUGGUCAUAUCAUGCGUUGUGUUCGUGACCAAAAUGGGAACCAUGUUGUGCAGAAGUGUAUUGAAUGCAUUCCUGAGGACGCAAUUCAGUUCAUUGUUUCAACAUUUUAUGACCAAGUCGUGACAUUGUCGACUCAUCCGUAUGGUUGUCGUGUUAUUCAGAGAGUCCUUGAGCACUGCCACAACCCAAAAACACAGCAUAUAAUGAUGAAUGAGAUUUUUCUGAAUGUCUGCAUGUUGGCUCAAGAUCAGUAUGGAAACUAUGUUGUGCAGCAUGUCCUGGAGCACGGGAAGCCACACGAACGUUCUGCUAUUAUUAAGAAGUUAACUGGGCAGAUAGUUCAAAUGAGUCAACAGAAAUUUGCCUCGAAUGUCAUUGAGAAAUGCCUAACCUUUGGAACUUCUGCUGAACGCCAGGCCUUGGUGAACGAGAUGCUCGGUACCACUGAUGAAAACGAGCCCCUUCAGGUUAUGAUGAAGGAUCAGUUUGCAAACUACGUUGUACAGAAAGUGCUGGAAACUUGUGAUGACCAGCAACUUGAACUAAUUCUUAACAGGAUAAAAGUUCAUCUAAAUGCUUUGAAGAAGUAUACCUAUGGUAAACACAUAGUUGCUCGUGUGGAGAAACUCGUCGCUGCUGGAGAGAGGAGGAUUAGCAUUCUGACUCCAAAGCCAGCACAAAUGGUGGGUUAGGAAAACAGGGAAGUUGUACAGCUAACUGAGGAUAGCACAAAGCGCAGUGUCUGUUUCCGCUUCGUCGAACGUCUGUCUAGUAAGUAAUAGCGGCUGUAUCUAUGUGAUUCAGAUAGAAGCUGACUUGAAAUAAGAAAAAAAAAAAGGUAGAAAAAAGCUAAAAACAAAAACAAAAACAUAAAAAAGAACUGUUGGCUGUACAUUUUAUAAUCUGGGAGUAUAGAGAAAGUGAAGAAGGUUUGAAGAGAUUGAGGGACAGAUGAACAAAGCUCUGAUGGCUCUGCCCCUAAACUGAAGAGAUAAGAAGUUUAGUAUUUGAGUUUUGUUUUAGGGUGUAAAAAUAUGGGUGGGAAACGAGUUCUUUAAUGGGAUGUGGUUAUGAUGAUCAUCAGAUCAUGGUUUGUACAAAUAUUAGCUGGUGGAGUUCUACUUUUGUUCUUCUUUUUAUCAUUAUGUAUCAGAUUUUGAUUCUUCAUCUUUGUUCUUUCUUAUCAGAGUUUUGUUUUUCCUCUUGUA